AUGAUGUUCACAAUAUUGAGCAGGAUAUUUUCACUAUGGAAAACAUUGUUUGUCAAUGAUGUAGAGAAGAAAUCUACAAAUCCACAGAACAUCGAAACUGAAUUUUUAGAUGUUAAUGGUUCAUCAAAGGUUUUAGUUCGUCUACCACCUACAACUAAACCUCAUCAUAAACAUUAUAUAGGUGUUGAUUUACAGCUUGAUACUGGUUCUGAAGCUAAUAUAUUACCUGAGAAUAUCUUUCAACAAUUAUUUCCUCAUCAACAUAAACUAAACGCACCUUGUUCUACAUUAACAAGUUAUGGUGGAACCAAAAUCAACAAUAUGGGUACAUAUAUAAUGGAUGAAUUCCGAGAAGAUGACAAUCUCGAUCCACCAAAUAUUCAACCCAAUCAACAAAACCCAGCUCAUGAUAUUCCAAAUCAGUAUGUAAAUGUACCAUAUAGAACUAGAUCUGGUAGAACUAGAUGUGCCAGAUAG